GAACUCAUCUGGGGUUAAUAAGCCAUGAACAUGCCAGCUUGAUGCCCCCACUUCAAGUGGAUUUAAACGUCUCUGUGUGAAAGAUGGGGAUCUAUGGGUGAGCGUCAAUGGAGGAGGGCGGGGACACUCCACCCGUCAGAGUGAAGGCUGAUUUGUUCAUUCCUAUAGGUUCUGCAAAUGAGAGAGCAACUUCUGUCUCUGGAAGGAAAAGCAUCUGUUGAGAGGUCUGCGCUCACUGCAACUAGGCGCGCUCUUCUCCGGGGGAGCAUUUCAUUUGCGCGUCGGAGUAUCUUGAUACUCGUACCUGUUGUUCAGCAAGGUUUUUCUGUUUUGUUUUUUUACGAGUUGGACAAGAGGUGCAGUCAGAGAGAAAAUUAUCUACGGAAAAGCACACAGACAGGAAAGGGAGGACAAACAACAGAAGCAAAGGAGUGGAGAGAGGAGAGGUGACCUGGCCGAAGCAGCGACAUGUUUGGCAUGAUCAAGAACUCGCUCUUCGGAAACACCGAGGAGACGGAAUAUAAAAUCCUCAGCAGCGAGACGAAGGAUGGAGUUGGCUUUGAGGUGCGGCGGUAUGAUGCUGCCAAAUACGCUGUUGUCUCCUCUGAGGGACGAAGCUUUGACCAAGUGUCAGGGGAGCUUGUGAGGAAGCUGCUCAUGUACAUUGGUGGGAGCAACGAAGAAGGUGAAGCCAUGGGUACAGCAGCUCCCAUCAUCUUCACAGUGUACCCACGGAAUGAUGGGGUUCUGUCUCGCCGUUUGGUGGUGGCCAUCCGCAUCCCCACCAACUACCAGCAGGGCCCCCCGACUCCCACCGACAGUGCCAUCAAAGUCGAGGAGCGGCCCGGCAUGACUGUCUACGCUCUGCAGUUUGGAGGCUUUGCAGCAGAGACAGAGUACCGAGCAGAGGCCUUGCGUUUGACGCGUACCCUGGGUGAGACGGCCCCCUUUCAGCGCAAGCAGUACUUCUGCUGUAGCUACGACCCACCACUCAAGCCUUACGGACGCCGCAAUGAGGUGUGGUUUCUACAGGAGGAGCCGUAAGAGCCAAUCGAUCAGAUCUGAGCCCAAUCUGAGUCCUUUAAUCAAACGUAUUUACCCCUUUAGUACUGACCAUCCUGUAGCUCUAACAGUUUUUGAUUGGUAAGAGCAAUAUGGUGACUUGAUAGACGUUUGAAAACCCAAACGGACUGAUAGAGAUUACCCAUGUUGCCUCCACCCAUCCGAUCUUCUGCUUGUCACAGGUGCAGUUGCUACACCCAAGUUAGGCGUUCAAGCAAUGGGUCAAUUUAGAACUCAGCGCAGCACUUUCUCAUUUCAUUUUCAAUUCCAAUUUAAAGUUGAAGCUCUGAAACGACACAGGAUGAGAGAGAUUAAAAGCUUCUAGACAAAUAUAGUGUUAAGAAGUAAAAGUAGUUCUUGGAGUCCCACGUAAUAAAGGUCUACAUCCCUGUUGUCACUGCACUGUGACGGAGUUCAGUUCUCUACGCCAAGGAAAAAUAGAUCCUAAAGAAAUACCUUUAUAUCAACUGGUAUGCCACCGCCAUUGGUUUACAGGUGUAAAACAGAAAGUCAUCUAAGUACUGAGUGAAUUAUCUAAUAUAAUCUGUAUUAAAAUACAACUGAAUUACAUGUUUGUCCUAAACAUUUGUCAAUAAAGUUGCUGUAGAGCUCCCUGAAGAACACAGUUAGGCUUUGCACGUUUUAUCUAGUUUUUAAUCUUGUGACGGCUACGGAGAAAUGUAUAAAAUUAACAUUAGUUACAUGGUAGUAAAAAGCACACUUCCUUUUCCCAGAGUAAGGAACUGGAAAAUAACUGGAGUUGAGCCAUAAAGUAGAACUAGUCUUCAUUCAUUAAUGGUUGGACAGCUGUGACUGGAAUGACCUAGCUAGCUAUAAGUGUUGUUAUAAACUCUGUGAUAAUUUGUUGAUCCAGGGAGCAUGUGUAUGAAUAUGUCAUGUAUGUAAUGUUAUGUAGUGAAUAUUUGGUGUUUUAAUGCAUGACUAUGCCAUCUUUACUUAUCCAGACUCUUGAAACUGUUAUGCGAUACAUCUGUACUGUGAUUUCCAGUUCUGAGUGAAUAUAAUGUUUAGGUUUCAUAACAUAAUAAAUAUAUUAAUUCAGAAAGAGUGAACAUAA